GGUCGAGAUGAUCCAAGGAGUCACAACAAACCACUACCGUGACAUUCUGAGACACUCCCUGACAGGCUGAGCUGAUGCACUCUUAACUAAGCCCUGGGAGAGAAGGUAGCCAGCAUAAAACCCAAGAGACAAGUGCAGGAGAAGAGCUAAUACAAUACGAAGCGGAACGGAUCACAAGAAGAAGCAGGAGAGAUAGAAAACCCGAGGUGCCAGUCACUACGCACAGACUCCACCCCCUCCCCCUCUUCACUGAGCCAGGGCUGCAGGGUAUGAACACAGCGUCACUCUAAGGGGGAAGAGAAAUAUAUUCAGCAAGAUGGAUGAUGAUUUGCCCACGCAGUAUGAGGUGAUUGUGGUGGGGACAGGGCUGGUGGAGUGUGUGGUCGCAGCAGCAGCAGCACGCGUUGGCAAGAAAGUACUUCAUAUUGAUAAGAAUGACUACUAUGGGGUCCAGUGGGCAUCAUUUACCUUGAAAGGGGCACAGCAGUGGGUGGAUGAGGUCACAACCACACCUGCCCCAACCCCUCCAGGGGACUGUGAACUGGAGGAAGGGGAGCAGCUUGUUGGUGUGGCCAACCCGUCUGAGGAUUACUCUGGAGUGAGGCAGACCUGGCAUGUCCCAAAGGAGCCCCUGCCGAGUCCCUCACCAGAGCCUGCUGCAGCUGCUCCAGUUGAGCAAGUUGUCAAGGAGGAAGGCAGUGGUGGUGAGAGCACACAGGUGACAGGCACACCAGACACUCCACCAGCAACACCUCAGGACACAGCACAAGAUGCAGUGCAGGCCAUGCCUCAGGACACAGCUCAAGAUGCAGUGGAGGCCACAGCACAGGGUGUAGCACAGGAAAUGCCUCAAGCAGAUCAAACCCAAGAUAGUACCACAAUGAAAUCUGAAAAGGAGGAAAGUGGAGGGAAAAAAGAAUGGUCUCAGGAAGAACUUUUGAAUCUUAGUAGAAAAUUCAAUCUGGACUUGGCCCCCAAGCUGCUUUACUCCCAGGGGCCCAUGGUGGAGCUCCUUAUAUCCUCCAACAUUGCCAGGUAUGUGGAGUUCAAGUGCAUUUCCCGGGUGUUGACCUGGCUUGGAGGGGACGAGGGCAACCUGCUUGUGGUGCCAUGUUCCCGUAGUGAUGUGUUCACCACCUCUGCUGUCACCCUGGUAGAGAAACGCCUUCUCAUGAAGUUCCUAGAAUUCUGUCACCAGUAUGAUCGUCACCCAGAACAGCUGGAGGAGCACCUUGACAAACCCUUCGUGGACUUCCUGCGUUCCAAGAAGCUGACGGACAACCUCAUCCACUUUGUUACGGAAGCCAUUGGCAUGGUUGGGGAAGGGGCUGGGUGCAAAGAGGGACUGGAGCGCACCCGAGCCUUCCUCACCAGCCUGGGCCGCUAUGGAACCACUCCAUUCCUCUUCUCCAUGUAUGGCAGUGGAGAGUUGCCCCAGGCAUUUUGCAGAUUAUGUGCUGUCUUUGAGGGUAUCUACAUCCUGCGCAAGCCUGUUUCUUCCCUGGUGGUGCACUCACCCUCUCAUACCUGUCGAGGUUUGCUGUCAGAAGGCCAAAGGUUCACCUGCAACCACCUGGUGAUGAGUGCCUCUCAUGCACCCAGAGACUACCUUCCCCGGGAUGGAUCAACUCAAGGGGUGUCACGUGCUGUCUUCCUCACUGAUAGAUCCAUCCUGCCUCACGAGAAGGAGCAGCUGACAUUGUUGCGUGUCCCUGCUAAGGAAGGCAACCCGAUUCCAGUCACAGUGUUGGAGGUGGGACCUGGGACUCACGUGUGCCCCAAGGACUUGUACUGUGUGCACAUGACCUGCCAGGGGACGGAUGCAGAGAGUGACUUGCGGGUGGUUGUGGAGCGCCUGCUGACCACAGAGGCAGAUGACACCAGCAGCAAGCCAAGGAUUGUGUGGAGCCUCUACUUCAACCAGGUUGACCACAGUGGAUGUGACCUAGAAACGAGCAUGCCUGGAAACCUUUAUCUGUGUCCAGGUCCCAACACUGAUCUGGACUAUGAUUUGGCUAUUGAACAGGCUCGUUCAAUCUUUGGGCGCAUGUUCCCUGGAGAGGAGUUCCUACCUCGUGCCCCAGACCCAGAGGAGAUUGCCUUUGACAACCAAGGAACAGAGCCCAAGCAGGGAGACACCUUUGAGGGGGAUGACAGUGCUGAGGGGAAGGGUGAUGGUGUUGAAGGCCAGGGAAAGGAAGCAGAGAAAACAGAACAGGUAUUAGAAGUUAAGGAACAGACUGAGAAGGAGCAAGAAAAAGAAGAAAUAGCUAAGGAACAGGGUGAAAGUGAAGAGGUAAAAGAGUAAGCUGGAGGUGGCAGUGGGAAGUGGAAGGGCAGGGCUGCUAGAACAUGAAUCCAUUAAUUUUCCUCAUAUGUGAAGAGCAUUGAAAGAACCUAUCCAAAUCUGCAGUGUGUGUGUGUGUGUGUGUGUGUGUGUGUGUGUGUGUGUGUGUGUGUGUGUGUGUGUGUGUGUGUGUGUGGAUUUAUUUAUGAGGAAGUAAUGAAAGUAAAUAAUCAUGCUAAUGCCACUCCAAUAUUCCAAAACCAACCAUGACUUUCCAAAGCUCCAGAAGGUCUUGAUGUCUCUCAUGAAAAUAUAUAUUUAAUAGGGAGAUGACAGGUAUAGUUCCCAUAAACCUUUCAUUGCAUAAAUUAAAUGUCUUUAUCUAAUGUAUUACAUUGUGCACAGUGAAAAAUGUAGAAAACUAAAUAAAGAUCAUCACCAGUAAGUUCAUACCCACAGAUAUAGGUUGAGGGUGAAAUUUGGUAUGUUUUUCUUGAGGAAAAGCUAAACAUUGUGCUUUAAAUGUUGCUUAGAUACUUGAUUUAAAGGAACAGAAAUUAUGUGUGCAUGUGAGAGCAUUCUGAGACACUGCCAUUGUGUCCGGAGUAAGAGCAAGGAAUUGUCUUUACUUAAGGUGUCUUAUGCUUGAAGUGCAGCCUUGAUCCUGGUGAGGUUUUUCAUUGCCUGAAGAGCUUUCAUUAGGAAAAUGUUAAGCUAUUGUUUCAAAUGACUCAGCAUCAAUAUAUGUGUAUGUGUAUGAACUCUUUCUUUCUCUCAUUCUUGUAGAUAAACAGCUUUUAGUACUUAAUGAUUUUACUAUUUAUUAAUUAAUUGAAAGGUAAGUGGUAGAACAGACAGCUCACUUAUUUGUACAGUUUUAUUGGUUUUAAGAAUGAUCUCUCCUCAUCCAUUAUUACAUUUUGAAAACAUUCCUCUCUCUCUCUCUCUCUCUCUCUCUCUCUCUCUCUCUCUCUCUCUCUCUCUCUCUCUCUCUCUCUCUCUCUCUCUCUCUCUCUCUCUCU